AUGGAGCAGAUGGGUCUGGAACAGCGCUUCCGGGAGGACACUCCCAUCUCGAUAAACAUCAACGGCAUGACCUCCUCAAAUGUUGCCUACUGCGCUGCAGGCUUUGCAAGGUGCUGGAAAUGUUGCCUCGUGACUUUGGUCAUGCAGCUGAUCUUGGGCAUGUUCGUCAGGAAUUGCAAGGCUGCAGAGGCUAAGGUCAGAGCUUGGCCGAAAAUAACGACAGCUCUUGGAGCCUGCUCCGGUGUGCGAGGGCUCGUGAUGGAGACGUCAGUCAUGCAUUGGCGCAAUGGCCCGUGCUACAAAUACACAAAGCACGUGGUGAUGCCUGCUGCGGAAUGGUCAUGCAGAGCGCAAUGCAACUGUUGUGUUUGUCAGUUCUUACCGCGAUUUAGGGCUCAGACGUGUUCUGAAAAUAGCUUGCGUGCCUCACUGCACGAAGUGGGUUCAGUCGCAUCAUCGACUCUUGUGCCCAGCAUCAUUUGA